GGUCCAUUGAAGCAGGAAACAAUGGCGUCACAAGCAGCGGCUGCUCGGGUCCACGUCCUCGGCGGGUACCGACGCCUCCUGCGAGCGAGCCAGCAGACGUUCGGAGCAGACAAGCGUGCGGUUGUCGAAGCUCGCAAAGCCGUCCGCGCCGCAUUUCUUGAAAACCGCGAUGUGCAUGACACCCAGGCGUUGAGUGCGCUCAUCAAGGGCAUCGACGAAGCGGAAGCAAUGCUGUUGUACAAUAUCGUGCAGGGCAAGGCAAACGAAAAGGGUACGUUUGAGGUCAAGUUGACUGACCCCCAGAAGAGCCGCAUUCGCAAGGACGAAGAGCUCACGGAAAUCACGCCAGACUCGGGCAAGGCGCCCGUGGUGACCAAGUCGUGCCCAGACGGAGGAUGCUCUGCAUAGGACAAGCUCAACCCACAAUGUUCCACACUCUCUGCUUUGUCAUCCUCUGCAGCUAACUUGACGAUUGCCCUUGCACACAUGCACGAAAGGAACGGUCCCGCCUUAUCGCGACAUCGCUAUUAACCUCUGGACGCAAACUCUCAAGAUUGUGUCGUACAAAUUUGGUUGAUUAGAUACGUCGUCGUCGCAAAUGGACGCGGGUGGUAUAACUUAAGGC